AUGAGCUUGACUUCCAGAAUUACUGGUGGUACUGGCUCAGGCGUCAACCACAAUGUUGCAAAUCCAGCUCCUAAAUUAUCUGGAAAUCUUCCUCCUACUCAAGAUCCAGCUCCCGUGGUUAAUCAUUCAAGCUCCACACGAUGUUCCAGUGGAGCCUUGAUGAGUUUAUUAAACAGUGGAUUAUCUGUUCCUCGUCAAAUGAUGGUUCAGGCCCGCGGUGCACAAGAUAAUCAGCAUAUUCCUAUACAUUUGAGCUUUGUGGGAACUAUUGGACAGGGGACAUUUGGACAAAUUGAGAGAGCUACUCUCACUGUCCCAGCAACAUCUUCAGGCAUACCAGGCAAAAAGAAUCCUGAUGCCGGUGCUUUUUCUGAUGGAGGACAAAGUUUGCAAGUCGCCGUUAAGCGUGUCUUGCAGGACCCUCGCUACAAAAACCGUGAGCUGAGUAUUAUGCAACGCCUUAACAACCAUCCUAAUGUUGUGAAGUUCUACUACUACUAUUACUCGACAGCGUCGUCAAAUAGUCGGGGCCAUAGGAGUGGUGGUGGACGUGCAGGCGCAUCUACAUCGGGUGUAGAUGUGUUCUUACAUCUUGUACUGGAAUGUUUCCCCGAGAGCUUAUGUGAACUCAUCUACCGCUAUUCUCAAAGGAACCUGAAAAUACCAGCUUGUACAGUGAAGGUUUUUACGUAUCAGAUGCUCAAGUCCCUGGCUUAUCUACAUAGCCAUCAAAUAUGUCACCGUGAUAUCAAGUCGUCCAAUUUACUAGUCAAUGAAGAUACUAUGGUUUUGAAAGUGUGUGACUUUGGAAGUGCUAAAGAAAUGGUGCCGGGAACUGCUAAUGUAUCUUAUAUAUCCUCUCGGUAUUAUCGUGCUCCGGAGUUAUUAUUUGGAGCUCAAUAUUAUUCUUGUGCGAUUGAUACUUGGAGUGGGGGGUGUGUACUGGCUGAAAUGUUACGUCAGCAUUGUUUGUUCAUGGGAGCUGAUUCAGUAGAUCAACUGGUUAAAGUUAUCCGCGUUUUAGGCACUCCUACUCCACAAGAUAUUGCCAGUAUGAAUCCAAUGUAUGGAUCUUACAGUUUCCCAGAUGUUCAGUCUUGCCCUGUAAAACUGUUUUUCCCACAGCAUACUCCAGCCGAUUUGUUGGCUCUAAUGAGCAAAAUGCUUGUUUAUAAUCCAUCACUAAGAAUUUUACCAUCUCAAGCUCUUUCCGAACCAUGUUUUGACGAACUUCGUUCUAUCGGUCCAAAUGGAGUACUUUCGAACAGAGUUCGUAUGCCUCCACAUAUCUUUGAUCCUGAUCCCGAACCUAAUCCUCCUACAUCAGUAACAGAUGGGACAAAUUUAUCAGCAUAUAACAAUUGGUUGCCAGAACAUCAUAAGCAUGGCUCAUCCAACAAGAAACCGAUCACCAGUGUGGGUGAUUUGCAAGGUUCCGAUAAGAAAAACUGUAAACCACCAUCGAAUUCUCGAGAAAUUCCUGCUGAUUGGCAGCGAAAAGGUCGAGCUGUCGGAUCUAAUAAUUCAUCGGAAAAAUGUGGGUCAGUUAUUGCUUGUCCCGGUGGUGGCAGUCAUCCAAACCUGGAAUCAAAAUCUGACGAAUUAACCGGGAACACUAAUGGUGUAAAUAAUGAUGCUUCGAGUAGACAACAACACAAUCGAACUAAUACUGAGAAUAAUCUUAAAAAUCCAAUCGAUACAACAAAAACCGGGACGGCGACAACAGUUGAUGUUGGUCAUACAAGUCAAAUAGAAAAUCCCGAUGUCUGUUGCAAUGAUAAUGAAAACAAUAUUAAUAAUAAUAGCAUUACUACAAAUGUACACUUAAAAUCAUUUGUGCCUCCUCAUCCCAACUCUUCUGAACAACGGACAAAUUUAAGUGAAGUACACUAGAUAGAUAGAUAGAUCGAGAUAAACAUUUGCACAAAAAUCCACAUUACAAAAUUCAUAGUGUAAUUAUUUCUUGUCAUUUGAUAUAUCCUGCACACUGAGUCAUUUCAUUGGCGGCCAGCCUCAACAUUAGCAUCACUUGGUUAUCUUUCUGUUAACUAACAAAUUAUUUCUUGUGAGGAUAGUAGUACUUCGUAAAUAAACAAUCACCUUUUCUCUCUCCCUGUCUGCGCCCAAUUACUCGUCGAAUCACUUUGAUUUCUUCGUGUAUAUGUGUGUAUGUAUGUCUAGAAAAAGCCCACAAUAAACUAAACCAACUAAAUUACACCAUACUCUUUUGUUGUUAUUGUCGUUUAAUAUUGAACAAAGUUAAUCCUGUUUCUCUCUCUCUUUGUUACAAAACACCUACGGUGACAUGGUUAUCAUCUGUUAUCUUCCCGACUGUUAGUUUUUCUUCCAAAAUAAUGGAUAUUACAAUCCACAUAUUUUUUGUUUAUCAAUUAAUGUAGGUAGUUGAGUGUAGACAACAAAAUGUCGAAUGGUAUUGUGUUGUAUGCAUUGUUUAUUGUUUCAAAACUAUAGAACUUUUCUCUUCCAUCAUUUUCUUCUCACUUCUUCUUCUGACUAAUAUGAUUCCAAGUAAUAAGUUUACCUCAUAGGAACAAUCUCUCCUGGGUUUUUUCCUCCCGUUUGUCUGUGUUUAUUUUUACAAUUAGAAUUAGUUAUGUUAUAUAACAUUAUUCUGUAUUUUCGUAACUACUUUAACAACCCAUUAAUUAAUAUGUAAAUAUAUAUACAUAUAUGUGUUCAUUCAGUUCACGACUUCUUUCUUGAUUGUUUUUCAUUUGUUACACUGUGUUCUGAGGUUUCUUUCUUCCAUUCUACAAUCUGUCCAUUUUUUUUCUCUUACUUUAUCCCAUCUCUUAUUUCAUUAUUAUUCAGAAUCAUUUCUCUAGGUGUAUGUUGUUCAUUCAUCUCACUUCGUUGUGUUUUAGUUCUCUUCAAAGGAGAGAAAAGAAAAAGAAGUAAGAAAUAGGCUUAUAGAGUGGUAGUAAAAUAUUUUUUAAAAUUUUAGAUCUUGGUUGCUGUCUAUCUACCAGUUCCAUUUUUAUGAAUAGAAUAUUACAUGUCAAUAUAAUAAUAAGUAAAACCUUAUACAUUUCUUGAUCUGAUUAGUUACAGUUUUAUAAAUGUUAGGCAAUUACAUGUUGAUCUCCUUUCAUAUUAAAUAUAUUCUCAUAUUGUAAUCAAACCUUAUUCGAUAUAAAUUGCGGGGGGGGGUCGGAGAAGAGAAAAGAAAGAUAAUUGAUUGAUUGAUUGAUUGAUCGAUUAUGUCGCAAUAUUUGUACUUCAAUUUUUACAAUGAUGUGAAUGUGAAUUUCUGGAUAUUUAUUUUGCAUGUUCUAUACAGAAGUAUCUAUGUGUGUAAAGGUGAUUGUUUUGUGAUUUUUUUCUAUUUCCUAUAUCUUCUUCACUGCCUAUUUAUUCAUUUUAUAGACACAAACACACACAGACUUGUAUGUAACCACUUCACUGUUCUUUUUUUUUUUAAAAAAAAUUCUAUUCAAUUAGAUUAUCUGAUUUUUCAUUGUCCUUUUUUUCCCGUUAACAAAAAGUUGUAUUUGAGUUCUUUUGUUUGUUUGUUUUUUUUGUACAAUGGAGUUAGGAUAGAUUAUGGGAUUGUUUUUGGACUGUUUUUUAAUUCAACAAAAUACCAUACCAACUAAAAGUAUAGUUGAAAGAGGAAAAUAGAAUUUCUUUUGUAUAACAAACAACACAAUGAAUUGUGUUGUGUAUAUGUCUUGGCUAUGGAUUAGAAUGGUUUGUUAUCGUUUGAACUUUUCUUUUGGUUGCUGUGCAUCUUAUCAGCAUUUUUUUUCUCGUUGUUAUUGCCUUAAUUGGUUUAUUUUAUUUCUUGAGAUAUUUCUGAUUCACCAAACUGGUAUGCGUAUGUACACACAAUGAUGUAGUAUGUAGGCAACGUUUCUAUUGUCCAUGUCGUGAUAGUGUUUAGUUCUCUUAUGGAUGUGUAUGUCUGUUUACAUUAUCUAUAUUGAAGGGUUUUGUUAAAUUUAAUCAAUAUGAAGUUGAUAGAGUAAUUUCUUCUUUUUUUGAGAAUAGUUUUAUAUAUGUGUAGGAACGAUUUGUUGUUUGUAGGUUUUUUCUUUCUAUUCCCUUUCAUGUACUACUGUUUCACAUGUAGUAUAAACGUUUUUUAUUUUCUCUUUCACUUUACUAACUUGUGUUUUAUGAUUUUCUAACUGUUGGUCUUUAUGGAGAUUCUUAAUGCUUGUAUUAUUAUUCAGUCUAAUUACUGAUAUAUGUACUUGUAAAAUGUACAAGAUUAUUUGUUUUGUUUUAUUCAUGUAUUUCCUUUAUUCUCUCUUCAUCUUCUGGCAAAAAACGAAUACAUACAUACAUUAAUAUGAACACAUACUUGUCUUUAUAUUUAGUCUACGUAUCAUAUCUAUUUAUGAUUAUAAUAAUGUCAAGUUGAUAUGUCAAAUAUGAGCAAUGUUCUUUAUCUUCCAUUGUGUUUAGUUCUCAGGAGUAUUUUAUUGUAUGUUUGUAUGUGUUCAUUUAUUUUACAUGAGUAAAAAUAGUUCGGUAUCUUCUUUUUUUUCCUUCUUCUUCUUCUUCACUAGAUGAUUGAAUUUCUUUUACAUCAUUAAUGUCAUUUUCUGAUCAUAUUUUGUAUGUGUACAUCUAAAUAAGAGAAUAAUAAAUCGACUACCUUUUCUUCUUCCUCUUCUUGUAAUCAUCAUUUGUUUGAUUCCCUUCUAUUUGUCUUUAUAUGUUCUAUUCUGAAAUAUAUAUAAAGUAAGUAAAUGAUGUUUGUCUUAUAGUACAUUAGUUUUUAUUGUAUGUUAUCAGUUUGUUUGUUUAUUUGUUUGUUUUUCUUUUCAUUCUUCUUGUAUCGCUCAAUUGUUUAGAAACAUUGAAUAAUUUAAGCGUAAUAUACCUCUCUCUCUCACACACAUAUAUAUAUAUAUACACUCUCUACCUACCUACCUAUCUAUCUGUCACUUUCUCAGUAUAUAUUGUCAAAGAAGUUAUUUUGACCAUUC